GCAUCACUUGAAACCAGAAGAUCUGAUAUCUCUGAGGAGGAGGGAACGAACGAGUCGAACAUUAUACAGAUCUGAAGUCAAUGGCGGCACCCGAUCACUUGUUCAAUCUUCGUAACCACUUCUACUUGGGCGCCUAUCAGUCCGCCAUCAACAACAGCGAUAUCCCUAACCUUCCCCAAGACGAUGCCGUGGAGCGCGACUGCCUCGUCUAUCGCUCUUACAUUGCUCUAGGCAGCUACCAGCUUGUGAUCAAUGAGAUCGAUGACUCCGCUGCUACGCCUCUCCAGGCUGUGAAGUUGCUUGCUCUCUAUCUCGCAAAUCCUGAAAACAAGGAAUUAACCAUUUCAAGUUUAAAGGAGUGGUUGGCAGAUCCAGCCAUUGGAAACAACUGUACUUUGCGAUGGAUUGCUGGGGUCGUAUUCAUGCAUGAGGAAGAUUAUAAUGAGGCUCUCAAACACACAAAUGCUGGAGGGACUAUGGAGCUACAUGCAUUGAAUGUCCAAAUAUUCCUUAAGAUGCACAGGUCUGAUUAUGCAGAGAAACAGCUGCGGGUCAUGCAGCAGAGUGAUGAGGAUCACACACUUACUCAACUUGCAAAUGCAUGGUUGAAUUUGUCAGUGGGUGGUUCCAAGAUACAGGAAGCAUAUCUCAUCUUUCAAGAUUUUUCUGAAAAGUACCCAAUGACAGGGUUGAUCUUGAAUGGAAAGGCUGUUUGCUGCAUGCAUAUGGGGAACUUUGAUGAAGCUGAAACACUGUUGCUUGAAGCGCUCAACAAGGAUGCAAAAGAUCCAGAAACUUUAGCCAAUCUGAUUGUAUGCAGCCUUCACCUUGGUAAAUCAUCGUCACGGUACCUCAACCAGUUGAAACUUUCACAUCCACACCACAUGCUUGUUAAGCGCGCAUCUUCCGCAGAAGAGAACUUCGAAAGAGCCAUUCAAUCUGUUGCUUGAAAACCAAAGUCGAGUCAGUUGGAGUCGAUUCAAUUCACGUUGUUUUAGGUCCAAAGAGGUGGUUGGUGCUUGCUGGAUAUGGUAUUUUUCACCUUGAAAAUGGCUGUUUUUGUAACCCACAAGAAGAAUAUAUGAAUUGAUUGAUUGCAAAA